AUGUCUUUCCCGAAGAUCCGCCGAGAGCUAGUCCGCAGAGAUGCAAUAGGCGCUGAAAAAGAAUACCUUAACAUGCGUGCAGACUACCUAGACUCCCUCCGCGAUCAACACAGAGACCUCCGCAACCGAAAGGAUAUGACACCAGAGAAACGCGCAGAAAUCAUAGAUCACCUCCACCAACUAGCUGACAAGAACGAAGAAAUCAAGGUAGCCGGCCUUGCUAUGUACGCCGAGCAGCCUCUGUGUCGAACUGUCUGUGAGAAUUUUAUUGGAUUUUUUAAUGGUGGGGUGAAUUCUGCUUUUGCGAUAGGCUGUAAGAGGAACCGGAAGUGCAUUCUUGCUCUUGCUAGCGAGGUAGCUUCUGAAGGGAGUAAUGGGGUUAAGUCUGAGAAAAUUGAUGGGGCUUUGCUUUUCAGGGGAUAG